UGCAGGAACCUGCCCUUAAAAUGGUCGUCCGAGCUUUCUCGCUCUAGCGACUUGGCGAAAUGGAAGUCUCUCUGUUGGGCCAAAGCCCUACUCUUCUCUCCACUCGGUUGAAGAGCAGCAACCCUGCCUCCAUUCCGCCAGCUAGGAAAUCUAAGUACUCCGGCCAAGCAAUCAGAACAAUUCCGUUACGAAUAUUGACAGUCGGCAAGAAGAGAUCUAGAGGGGUGCAACUAUUGGUCGAGGAGUACAUGGAGAAGCUCAAGUACUAUUGCUGCGUCGAGGACGUACACUUGAAGUCUAAUCCAAAAGGUAGCAGCAAUGUGAAAGCUCAGAUUGAUGCUGAAGACAGUGUUAUUAUGCAACAAAUCAGAUCUGAAGAUUGGGUUAUUGUGUUGGAUGAGCAUGGAAGAGAUAUUGGAUCAGAGCAAUUAGCUGAUUUGGUGGGGGAUGGAGGGCAAACAGGUUCAGCUAGACUUGCAUUUUGCAUCGGUGGCCCAUACGGACACGGACCACAGUUGCGAAAACGGGCAGAUGUGACAAUUCGAUUAUCAUCUAUGGUCUUGAAUCACCAGAUUGCAUUGAUUGUGUUGCUAGAGCAACUCUACAGAUCAUGGACGAUCAUCAAAGGCCAGAAGUACCACCAUUAGCAUGACCUCUCAUGAACUUCCAGAGUCCGCAAUAUCCUCCAAAAAUUCGCAGCAGCAAACAAGUUUGGGGGCCGAGUAUGAUCGUCCGCUCGCUCUUUUUAUCUACAAUCUUAAAGUUUGGAUUGUAGGCCCAUAUUUGAGCAACCUUGUGUUAUCUUCUAAACGCUUCAUACAGUUGGGCAUGUAAAAUAGUUAAAUUUUACUCGACUCAAAAUUAAUUUCUUCAAAGUUUUGGGGGCAAUUGGCAGCACUAAAA